GAAUAAAUUCGUACCAUGUGAUGUAAACACGAUGUAGCCCGUUUUCUCUGUAAUGACAAAACAUUGUACGUUCAUGACUGAGUAUCUGAUUCAUAAUGGAAAAUAUUUUUAUUUUGUUGAACCAACCGUGAUUGAAGUUGAAUAUUUUGCAUUGGAAGACAUUUACUACUAGUUCAUCAUUUCAUAAUACACGGAAAUAACCAAGUUAAGCUUUUAGUAGGAGGGAUAACUCCGAUUGAUCACAAUGUUUAACAACAUGCUUUCACCCCAUACAACUCAUCUCAUAGCGGGAGGGUGUGGUGGGACACUUGGUGCUAUCAUCACUUGUCCUCUUGAGGUCGUAAAGACGAGGCUUCAGUCAUCUCAAGAAGUGCGAGUUGUCCAAGUGGCAUCAACAGAUGGCAUGACACAUAAACAAAUCACGAGAACAAAUGUCGGUCUGAUAUCUGCUUUAAGGAAUAUUGUUAAAACUGAAGGCGUGUCUGCAUUAUUCCGGGGACUCGGCCCAAACUUGGUUGGGGUAGCACCGUCAAGAGCGAUCUACUUUUUUGCAUACAGCGAGACUAAGGCGUUCAUGAACACCAGGUGUCAGCCGGAGAGUCCUGUCGUUCACCUCAGUUCAGCUGCAUUUGCAGGUUUUACUGCCAGUACUCUCACUAACCCAAUAUGGUUUGUCAAAACAAGACUUCAGCUUGAUAGAUCAACAAAAGAAGGAAAAGUUUCCACUGGUUCGAUCAUCAAAAGCGUAUACCAAAAAGAAGGAGUGCGUGGCUUUUAUCGUGGCGUGACCGCUUCCUAUGCAGGCAUCUCGGAAACUGCCAUCCAUUUUAUGAUAUACGAACAGAUUAAGCUCUGGCUGCGAGAUGGAAAGACAGAUUAUGACAACAAAACCUUAAAAGACUUCUUGAGUUUUAUGGGUGCGGCGGCCAUCUCAAAGUCAAGUGCAUCAGUCAUUGCAUAUCCACAUGAAGUUGCAAGGACAAGGUUAAGAGAAGGUGGUCAUAAAUACCGUGGAUUUUUCCAAACAUUAAGAACAGUUGCGCAAGAAGAGGGUGCCAGAGCACUCUAUGCUGGACUUGGUACACACCUUGUGCGACAAAUUCCAAACACUGCUAUUCUUAUGGUGACAUAUGAAUCAAUUGUCUACCUGCUCAACUCGUGAGUCACAUACUAUUCAUCUGAUUCGCAGUUAGCGUUUGCCGCUGCUUAAUGGAGAUGAUUAUGUCCAGGAAAAAUUGGUGCAAUUGUUGAGAUUUUUAAAAGAAAGACAUGCUAAUAAUUAAUUGCAAGUUUUGAAUUUAGAGAGACUAUAUGAUGUCAUGAUGGCAUCCGGGAUGUUGUUGUGGGUCAUAUUCUUGGGUUCAAAUUUGACAUGACCAAUCUGUGAACAGCUGACUGCUAUAUUGCUAGACAUGAUGUGAUUUAUGUAUUUACAGUUAAUGACUCGCAACUAUAAAUAUAGGCUUGUACUGUAGAAAACAUCAUGAACUGAAAGAAGAGUCGUAGCCUUGGACUAUGUGAAGCAAAGGUCAUUGCGACUGUUGACCUCGUUAAGUCAGUCUUUUGCACACGUGACCCCUGAAUGAACCACUUUGAGAUGGAUGAUAACAAAUGUUGGUGCUAUAAAGAAAGAGGCCAAUUACAGAUGUAUUUAUGGGGAAAAUAUGAGACAGUUGCAGAUAGAUACACUAUGGAAGUUGUUUUUUUUUUUUUUUUAUCGAGUGUACAAUUUGAAGAUGUUCGUGUGCUUGUUCUCAGAUUUACAAAAUGUCUAAUGUUAUCAAACACUGAAUUAUUUCAGGUUCUGUGUUGUGUGUUCCCAUUCCUAAUCUGUAGUCAUCAAGAUAUACAGUCAGUAACAAAUGGAUCACUAAUAACCAUGUUUAAAAUUUCACCAUAUGUUGAAUGUACUUUUUGAAAUUUGUACUUCAGUAUUUAGGGUCAGAUUUAUCAAACUUGCUUAGCAAAAAAAAAACAAAAACCUAGCUUUAAUAUUUGCUCAAGUCAGAUUUGUCAAUAAUAUCACUUCUGUUUUAAAUGUUUAUUUCAGUAAACAUUACAAAAUUUUGUUCUUGCUAUUACAAGAAAUUACGUAGGUAUGAUUACGCUGCCCUCCCAUGCAUUUUUCAAAAAUUGUUGACCUAUCAAAGCUGCAUUAUGCCAGUGUCGAUACUUACUUUUUCACUAUUGUUUUCUAAGCUGAGAUUGAUAAAUCCUUGCCCUGGACAUGGACAUUAGGCAUGUGACCAAUAAAUAUUUCAUAUAUUUGAGCAACUUACAUUACUGCAAGCUGACAUUUUAAUUGCUUAAGCGGAGAGGCACCGCUUUUACUGUGUGCAUUUUUAAAACUUUUCUGGAAAUCUUACUGUUUGCAAGUUCCUGAAUUUUCAAAAUCUCAGCUUAGCGUUACCAUUGGACUUAACUUGAGUAUCUAUGUAACAGAUCUGUGUCGGGAAAGCCAAUAAUUUAAUACUUCAAUAGUAUUGUAUAACAUCAAUUUAUAGCCAUUUGCAUUAUUAAUGACAAUAUAUAGUUUAAUGCAAUUUAGCAGAGGGUGGGGGUAGUAAUUUGGGAAGGGUUGUAUGGUGGGAGGAAUAGGAAGUUGGGUUGAGGAAGGGUUGUAGUGUUGGUAUAAUAUAAUAGGGGUAUUUGGUAUGUACAGUAUUGUAUACUACAGUUAGUAAUUUACCUCUGUUGUUCAG